AUGGUUGCCGCUGCUGCUGCUACUACUGCUGCUGCCCCAUCGAAGGCAAAGGUGCCCAAGGCUCCAGCUACGCAUCCGCCCUUCGCGAAGAUGAUUAUCGAGGCCAUCGCUGCCUUGAAGGAGAGAGGUGGUUCGAGCCGACAGGCUAUCAUCAAGUACAUCAACGCCCACUACGUGGUCGACGAGAAGGUCGUCGACUCCAACGUCCGUCGAGCGCUCUCAACUGCCACCGACGCCGGUAAUCUGGUUCGUGUCAAGGGCGUCGGUGUCAACGGUUCCUUCAAGAUCUCGCGGAAGGUCGAAAAGAAGCCCAUCGCGACGAAGAAGCCCAAAAAGGAGUCGAAGGCGGCACACGUGAAGAAGACUGCAACCCCGAAGAAAAAGGCGGUCGUCGCUUCCAAGCCAACGAAGGAUAAGUCGAUUAAGAAGGCUGUUGGUGCCGCCACAAAGCCCAAGGCAGUCGCCAAAUCGAAGAAGCCUUCCGCGGCUGUCAAGAAGGCCAAAGUCGCCAAACCCGUCAAGCCUGCUGUCAAGAGGACCCCCAAAAAGUCCGUCAAGAAGUAG